AAAAAAGGUUUCUCUCUUUUAUCUAUCUCUGACCUCACUUCCUUAACGUGCGCAGUGGGUGCACUGUACACUUAACCUUUUUCAGCCCUCCUGGCAAAACCCCAACCCAAACGGAUCUCUUUUUCUUUUCUCUCUCUUCACUUUAUAUAAUUAAGCUCACUUUUUCUAUAAUUUCAUUUCCACUCAAGAACUCAGAACAAUAAAGUAAGGAUUUGAACUAAAUUUCAUCAAAUUAAGCACUACCCAUUUCAGAAUUAAUUGUUAAUUACAAUACCCACAUCUUAAUUUCUUGGAAAAACUUGUGGGGAUUUAGCUAUUUGUUGGUUAAGCUUUGAAUUGAGGAUUUUUGGAUGUGGGUGAAGUAAAGGUGAAGUCUUUGAUGGAUCCUCCAUUGAUAAAUGAAGGUUCAUUUACAACAGCAAACCCUUCAUUAUCUGAGAUUUGGCCUUUUAGUAAUGGUGGAAAUUCUGAAAAUGGAGGAAUGUUGGGGCUUAGAAUGGGAAGUGGUAGUGGAUUUGUGAAUGGUUUGAUUGAUGGGUUAUUGAGUAAUGGUCUUGUUGGGACAAUGAAUAGAGAUGGGUCAAUUGAGGAAUCAACUGUUACUGAGCAAAGUGGAAGUCUUGGUGGUGGUGGGAGGAAGAGGAGGGAGAAUGUCUCAGAAGAUGAGUCUUCAAAGCUUGUUUCUACUACUAGUAGUGGAAAUGAAAUGCAGAAGGAUUCAAAUGCUAAACGCAUCAAAACAUCAGAUUCUCAGGAUGAAAAUGGCAGUUCGAAGGCUGCAGGUGAAGCGAGUUCAGCCGGUGGUAACAAAUCUGCUGACAAACCAUCAGAGCCACCUAAAGACUACAUCCAUGUCAGAGCAAGAAGGGGACAAGCUACCGAUAGCCAUAGUCUGGCUGAGAGAGCCAGGAGAGAAAAGAUAAGCGAGAGAAUGAAAAUUUUACAAGAUUUGGUCCCUGGAUGUAACAAGGUUAUUGGAAAAGCUUUAGUCCUCGACGAAAUAAUCAACUAUAUACAAUCUUUACAACGACAAGUUGAGUUCUUAUCUAUGAAGCUUGAAGCGGUCAAUUCCGGGAUGGUUCCCUCUAUUAAUGGAUUCCAAUCAAAAGAUGUGAAUCAGCUCGGGGUUCCAUCCUUCGAUCCAAAUGGUUUAAUUUUCAACACGCAUGCUACGAGAGAAUUCACAACAGCUGGAGGGCCGCAAUCGGAGUGGUUACAUAUGCAAUUAGGCGGAAAUUUUGAACGAACAUCAUGAUUCUUUUUAAAAGAACUAUUGUUUGAUGAUAAUUUGCAGAACAUUCUGCCUAAUCAAAUUAUUUACACAGAAUCAGGAAAGUCUGCCUAAUGCCUAUAUAUAUGAUUCAAGUAUUUAGGUGGGGUUGCCUUGAUUUUGUGAUACCAAUUUGUGUAGAAACUAGAAAGUACUUACAACUUGUUGUAAGUUUGUAACCUUUGAUUCACUAACUAGUAUCAAAAUGACUCAAGUAUCCUAGCCUUGCUGGCUGGUGAAAGUGUUCAAUAUUUGUAUAAUUAACACACUUGAACUUCUAAUAACUUUUUAGACCUUGCA